AUGAGCGGUGGUGUCUACGGCGGUGACGAGGUAGGUGCUAUCAUCUUCGACGUCGGACACCAGAGCCUCCGCGUGGGAUAUGGCGGCGAGGACACGCCGAAGGCCGAGAUCCCGACGACCCUCGGGGUGUGGGAGGAAUCCGCCGACCCCGGCGGAAUCGACUGUAACAAUAUCACCAGAAAACACUACAACAUCGACGUCACGGCUAUCCAAGUGCGAAAGAAGGAUAUGGAGAUAGUGAGCCUGAUGAAGGACGGCAUGAUCGACGACUGGGACAUGUUUGAGCGACUGACCGAGUACACGUACAAGCAACGGCUGCACGCCUUAGCUGAGCACCAUCCGAUCCUGAUGACCGAGUGCCCGUGGAACACCAGAUUGAAGCGCGAGAAGCUGUUGGAGUUGAUGUUCGAGAAAUUCAACGUGCCGGCUAUGUAUAUCUGCAAGAACGCCGUGCUGGCCGCAUACGCGAACGGCAGGUCCACGGCGAUGGUCGUGGACAGCGGUGCCACGCAUACCAGCGCGGUGCCAGUCCACGACGGUUACGUCAUCACCCAGGGGAUCGUCAAGAGUCCCUUAGGCGGUGACUUUAUCACCAUGCAAUGUAGACAGUUCUUCGAGGAGAAGGACAUCGAAUUGUUGCCGGCUUGUCUUGUCGCCAGCAAAGACGUAGUACGAGAGAGAGAUCCACCCCGCUGGACGAAACGACCAGGACCGCAACCAACGUCGUCCUGGCUGAGCUACAUGGUCCGAGAGCUGCUGCAGGACUUUCAGAUGAACUGUCUGCAAGUGUCGGACAGUCCUUACGACGAAGACGUGGCGAACACUCUGCCUAUGAAGCAUUACGAAUUUCCGACCGGCUACAACGAUGAUUUCGGAUCCGUGAGGCUCAUGAUACCCGAAGCUCUCUUCGAUCCCAGCAACGUUAAGGGUGUGGGCGCGAGUAUUUUGGGAGUCGGCCCUCUUGUCACCACGAGUGUCGGAAUGUGCGACAUGGAUAUCAGACCAAGUCUGUAUGGCAGCGUGGUGGUGACUGGCGGCAAUUCUUGUCUUCAAGGAUUUAGCGAGAGACUGAAUCGGGACUUGGGCAGUAAGACCCCUCCGAGCAUGAGACUGAAAAUAAUUAGCGCGAACAGCUCGAGCGAGCGACGUUAUGGUGCCUGGAUCGGCGGCUCGAUCCUCAGCUCCUUGGGCUCGUUCCAACAAAUGUGGCUGUCGCGUCAGGAGUACGAGGAAUCCGGCAAACUUAUUUUGGAAAGAUGCGCGUAAUUCAGUAAUGAAAAAAUUUUUUAAAUCACGGUACAAAAAACGGACGCUCUCCGUUUUCAGUAGAUUGAUUACCUUCUUAUUUAGGCUUUUGUUAAUAAUCGCUUCCCAAAUAACACAAAAGUCUAAAACUUUUGAUUUAAAUGAAAAUUAGAAUAUUUUUGCGACAUUUUUUGAACAUUUCAUUUGCCAGAACAAUCAUUUUAUGAAUUAGUAUGAGAGAAGAUGGACUCGUUAAUUUAGUCUAAAUCGUAAAUACUAAUCAAACGUCUUACGUAAACGUUACAAGCGAUUUACAUAAAGAUUGACGUAAUGGCGACGGUGUAAUGUAAGCCGUCCUCGUGAGCAACAACCAUCAAACUCGUUUUGAAGCGCCUAAAAAUUUAAUAAGGAUACUGCUAAAGCAUUAUUAAUAAAAAAAAAACCGUAAAUAAUGUGCUAAGGUUUUUUCGCGAUCUGCGAGAAAUGACUUUUCACGACAAAGCAUCAUACACAAUGUUUUCUCGCGACCUC